AGGAAGAAGAAGAAGAGUAGGAAAGACAACAACAACAAAAAAAAGUUCCCUGCCACCGUUGACGACUUUCGCUCCUUUCAACCAAAACCACGCGCGCCCGCUUCCAGGAGGAGAGAGAGAAACAUCUGGAGGACUGUGGGUUCCUUGUCUGCAGACAAAAUAAAAAGGGAAGUUGGAACGAUCUGACUUGUGUUUGUCGUGAAGAAGGAGAAACACACAGAUUCAAACUUGAGAGCAGAGGAGGGCAGACAAGGCAGCACAGAGGGACGAGGCCUUGGCGAGAAGGUGGGACGGACGGAGAGAAGGUGCAAGCAAAGGAGGAGACGAGAAGCAGAGGAUGGGUGGACGAGGUGCACAGAGCUGCUGGCUGCUCCUCACGCUCUCUCUGAAAGGUAUUCUUGCAGGGGAUUGGUCCGUUCAUCUCCCUUCCGGUCCCGUCUGUGCCUUGAUUGGCUCUUCGGUGGUUCUCCCUUGUUCCUAUGACUACCCCCAGAGUUCGAAUGAAAGCAGGGCGGAGGGGCGGCUCCCUACUCAGGGUGGAGGAGGUGAAGAGGAACCGUACAAAGUUUUGUCCGAGAUGUGGUGUCGCGAAGACAGCCGCUGUCUCACCCAGAGGUAUGUGUUCCACAGUGCUGGUGUUUUCCCAGAUCCGUCCUACCACAACAGGGUGCGGCACCUGGGACAAGCGGGAACAAAGAACUGUUCCCUGAAGAUCUCUGAUCUGAGAGCGUCGGACAGUGGAACAUACGUGUUUUACCUCAUCACCAGUCAUCCGACACAGAAGAUGCCGGGGCAGAGAGGCAUACAGCUGCUGGUGGCAGAUUCCUCCAGUGCAGUCACGAUGUCAGCGAGUCCCUCCGGUGGCAUCACCGAGGGUGACGCCUUACGUCUGGCCUGCUGCAGCCCGUCUGCCGAUCCCCAGGCCCGCUUCAGGUGGUUCCAGAGCACGAGCUCCAGCCCCAGACAUGAUGGACAGGUGUGGGACAUCGGCGACGCUACCUCUGAGGACUCUGGCAGCUACUACUGCCAGAUGCAGACUGGAGAUGGAGUGCAGAGCUCAACAACGCUUGCCAUUGAUGUGGAGUACUCGCCUCGGAAUACAGUUGUCUCGAUCUCCCCUGCCGGAGAGCCGCAGGGGGGCCUUCCUGUGACUCUGACCUGCAGCAGUGAUGCUAACCCACCUGUCCACACGUACACCUGGUACCGGGGCGCAGCGUGUCUCCCCGCAGGCGACAAGAGCUUUCACCAGGCGACACAAUCCCUGGCCAAGCCCACGGGAGGAGGCUCGGCGAUCGGCAGUGUCGACAUCAGCACUGAGGAAUAUGGACCGCACUGCUGCGUGGCACGCAACACACACGGAUCACAGACUUACUCUGUAACACUGAGGGAUACCAGAGCCUCGACCCCGCCGACCUCUACAGGAAGCAGAGUGCUGCUUAUCAGUGUGAUCGUAUGUGUCCUGUUGGCUAUUUUAGCCAUAGUUGCCUUUCUUAUGAGGAGGAGACAGAAGACAUCCCAGCGCGGGUCGUACGUCCCCACUGCAACAACUGCUACUGAACUUUAAGGACUCAGCAUUUCAUCAAAAGCAUAAGACACCGGGGAUUUUUUUUUGUUUAAUCAUAUUCAGAUAACUUUAGAUAGGUCCAUUUUUUCCUGAAUACCCUCAGACACUCUUGUCAAAGUCAAAAGUCACAGUCAACUUUAUUGUCAGUUCCUGAAGUAAACAGACAUUUCCUGAAGUAAACAGUAAAGUGUCACACCAACACCGGAGACCUUUGUUCCGGGGUUUCAAUGCACUGAUCUGAACGAAGGAUGAACGAGGGGGAGAGAGAGGAGCGACUGCACCGAAGGAAAAAGUGUUGGGUUAUAUUAAAUUCCCUCUUUCUGUAUCUCUUGGAUAUUUGAUCGUUUGUUCUAUGUACUUGUUUUAGUGCAAUUGUGCUGUGGGAUAAUCUGACUGCUUUUGUCAGGAAUUAACCAAGCAACCUUCAAGAAAAAAAUAUAUAUAUAUUAUCACA